AUUUGUCAUCCGGGGAGCUCAGAGUAGUAGUCAAACCUUCUGUGUUAGAAACCCUAGCUGUGAUUGACAGCUGGGUUUGCGGGGGCCUUGCCCGCCUGUGUUGACAGGAAUUAUGAGGAUUUGUCAAAGCCUAAUGGACAUGGAAAUGCCAGAUUAUGCUGAGUCUCUCGACUCCUCGUACACCAUGCUAGAGUUUGAAAACCUGAGGGUGCUGCCCACAAAUUCAGCAGAGGCCCUUGUCUCAGAGACCGGCAACAAUGGCUUACUUGCAAAUGGGGUCAACUCGUUGUGUGCCAUAUGUGGGGACCGGGCAACUGGGAAGCAUUACGGUGCUUCCAGCUGCGAUGGUUGCAAAGGGUUCUUCAGACGGAGCGUCCGGAAGAAUCACAUGUAUUCGUGCAGGUUCAGCAGACAAUGUGUGAUAGACAAGGACAAGAGAAACCAGUGUCGGUAUUGUCGUCUGAAAAAAUGUUUCCGAGCAGGAAUGAAAAAGGAAGCUGUACAGAAUGAACGGGACAGGAUCAGCAUCCGGCGAAGCAGUUAUGAAGACAACGGGGCACUGUCCAUCACCAUCCUCACCCAGGCAGAAGGAAUGGCACAGCAGUACUCAGCUCUCCGUCCUGUGCACAAUGCAGAGAUCGCCAUGAAGAAAAUCGCCACGAUCAACGACGUGUGUGAAUCGAUGAAGCAGCAGCUUUUAGCCCUGGUGGAGUGGGCAAAAUGCAUCCCCGUGUUCGGUGAGCUUCCCCUGGACGAUCAGGUUGCCUUGCUAAGAGCCCACGCAGGGGAACAUCUCUUGCUGGGAGUUGCAAAGCGCUCAAUUCCAUACACAAAUUUUCUCUUACUAGGCAAUGACUUCAUCAUCCCCAUGCAAUGUCCAGAGCUUGAAAUUGCCCGAGUGGCCAUCAGGAUCCUGGACGAGCUGGUGAAGCCCUUGCGGGAAAUUCAGAUCGACGAGAAUGAAUAUGCCUGCCUUAAAGCCAUAGUCUUUUUUGAUCCAGACUGCAAAGGGCUGAGCGAUCCAGGGAAAGUCAAGAAUAUGCGUUUCCAGGUCCAGGUGAACCUGGAGGAUUACAUCAAUGACCGGCAAUAUGACUCCCGGGGAAGGUUCAGCGACAUCCUCCUGCUGCUCCCUCCGCUACAGAGCAUCACCUGGCAGAUGAUAGAGCAAGUUCAAUUCAUCAAACUCUUCGGCAUGGCCAGGAUUGACAGCUUGCUGCAAGAAAUGCUUCUUGGAGGAACAAGCAUGGAUAUGCCCCAAUACCAGCCAGGUCCUUCCAGCCAUAAUAUGGAGCCUCUUCCAGGUCACAUCGUGCUGCCUAGUACAAUCGGCUCAGUGAUUCACACCAUUUCAGUCUCUUCACCAGAAACUUCGCUCCCUUCUCCUUCUACCAGCACAGGAAGUGAAGAUUACAAACUGGGUCCUACCCCUGGAUCCGAAAUCCCAACUACCCUUUUGCCUCAGGUGAUCAUCCCCAAACAAGAGAUCCUCUAGGAAAUCCACUCUUAUUUUUUUAGUUGUCCCUUUUUGAAUUCAACAAGCUUUGUUCUCAUAAUGGCAGCCAACACUGCUAGGUUUCCCGCCCACUAAAUCACUUUGCAUCUCACUUGGGUCCUCCCCAAGAAAAGAUCCCCCAACAUUAUCAGCAUAGCAGGUGUAAACUAUCAUAUAAAACAUUGGCAGUUAAGUAGUUUAUUUUCUGUUACACUCCCAUCUAUUGUGUUCUGGUGGAAACACCAGAACUGGUUUGGAUGGAACACCAAAUGGAGAUUAGCUCCGUGCAGGUCUUAAAAUCAGUUUGAUGGUCAUAGUCCAACAAUAGUUCUAGUUGAGAGAUACAUACAUAUGAUCGGCAUACUCCUAGGACUUAAUCUAAAUUUUUGAGAUUCCUCUUACCAUUUGUAAAAAUAUGUAUAUCAAUAUUUGAACAAAAUAAAUUGUACUUACUUCAAGCAAUA